AUGCCAAAGAUCGGGGAUAUAAAGCUUGAAAAGGGAGCAGUUGUUUGCGUGGAGGCAAUGAUUGAGGGCGACUUCAGCGUGGAGAUCGGCGCCAAAACGGUUAUACAUCCUAAAGCGCAGAUCAUCGCCGAGAAGGGGCCCAUCAAAAUUGGAAGUGAGAAUCUGAUCGAAGAAUUCGUCGUUAUCAGGAACACACGGCCGGAACCACUGAUUAUUGGCGAUGGAAAUAUCUUUGAAAUACAAACCAGAUUUGAAGAUUGUCGAAAUCGGAGCAUGGCGUCUCCGGGGAUGCAGUCGAAGAUUGACACGCUUCCUCUGGAAGACCUCCGUGCGUUCUCACGAAAACAAAUGUCCAUGCUCAAACAGCUGAAAAUGAAGAUGGACUCGGUUAACAAGGAAAAACAAUCGGUCCAGUCUGAACUCGCCGAAUCUAUAUCUCUCCAAAAACGCCAAGAAGAAGAAAUUGAAUGUCUGAAGCAAAAGUCGGCAACUCUCGAGGAGACUCUUAGGGGCAGCAGCUCGAACAAGCAAUCUGAACAGAUGGAGUUCGAAUAUGAAGAGCUCAAGCUCAAGUUCGAAGAGCAAAACGAAAAGAUGGACAAGUUCCGCGACAUGUUCAACGAGCGGCUUGACAAGGCGAUGGAGGAGAAAGAGCAACUACGCGGGGAGCUACAGGACCUGAUAGAUGCCAAAGACUCGCGCAUCGCCGAACUUGAAUCAGACCUGUUCAACGAAGAAAAAGAAAACAGCUUCACGGAAUUAGAAGAAGAAUGCACAAAGCUUCAUGCAAUUAUUAGCGAUAUUACCGAGGAAAAACAAACGUUGCAAUCAAAAUUGAAUCAACUCAGCUCGACGGAAGAGGAAAACUCAAAACUGAAAAGCGAAGUUGAAAGUCUUCAAAGCUCGCGCUCAUCCUCGCAUCAAGCUGAACUUGAUAAAAUGAAGUCCGAGAACGAUGCCCUGAAAGAAAAGAUGGAAACCUUCCGUGGAGAAGUCGAAAACUCCGAAGAAGAUCUACGUCUCGCCCAAGAGAAUAUUAUCUCUUUGGAAAAAGCCCUUUCUGACCUUAAAUCCUCCGCUUCGACUUCUGCUGAUGCUCUGAAAAGCCUCAAAGAAUCAGAAACUCGAUUGACUGAGCUUGAAUCGAUCAUUACGCAGUUGAAUAGCGAGCUCCAAGAUGCGCGUACAAAUGUUGAAGAGGAAAAGGCAUCGGUUAGCUUGCUUUCCGCGGAAAUAGAAAAAUUACGCGAUGAAAAGGAGGAAAUGGCGUCAAACCUCGAACAAUCUCAAACAAAAUUGACAGAGAUUAUUCAAAAUAAUAAAACGCUUCUUGAGGAAAAGACGCGACAAUCAAAUGAUUCUGAAGCUCUUGCCAAUCGAGAAUUGACGAUAAAAGAUCUAGAACAAAAAUGCAACGAAAUAACUGGGGAGAAUGCAUCGCUAUCUGCAGAAGUAAGUGAGCUGAAAAAUCAAUUGGAUAGUGCUCAAAAAGAAGAUUCCGAAGCAUUUUUAUCGUUAGAAUCGACGAUAAAGAAGCUGCAAGAAGAACGCGCAGCUGAUCAGCAAAAGUUUAAUGAUGAAAAAACCUCACUUUCCGAUGUAAUUAAUGACUUAAAAAGCCAACUCGAAUGCUCAGACAGCAAGGAAGCAGAAGAUUCAGAUACAGUACCUUCUGUGGAACAAAGUCAAAAGAUAAAAGAACUCGAAGGUCUUCUCCAACGAUCUGCAGAAGAACUUGCUUUUUUGAAAGAAAAAGUAAUCCGCUUAGAUGAGCUUGAGAAAAUGGAGAAAAAAGCUACUGAGCUUCAAGAAACCAACAAAAAAUUAAAACAACUGGCACUCAAGAGCAAAAAGGAACUGGAUGAGAUGAAAAAGAAGUUGUCAGCCGAAAAAGCAUCACGUGAAGACGCAAUCAAGAAAUUAAAAGAGUCUUCAUCAAAAGCAUCUACGGCGACGUCGUCAUUUCAGGCUGAAAACGAUCGAUUACAAGACGAGGUUGACAGGCUCGAGGCCCAACUCCAGAGUCUUAACAAGCACCUGGCUGAAGUGCAGGAGGAAAACUCGCGAAACGCAGAGGCAAUUGACGCCAAAGAAUCCAUCUCUCGCGAACUUGAGCGACUUUCUCAAAAACUAAAGGAAAAGGAAUCGCGACUUGAUGAAGCGCUGGAGAGAGAAGUCCAGCUUGACUCACAAAUUGCUCAGGAUUACGAGCGGUCCGUCAACGAGCUCAAAAAACUUGUGGAAAGUGCCCAAGAAGAAGCUGAAGCCACUAAGAAAGAUAAUAAACAGCUCAACGAUCUGCUCGAUCAAGUUCGGCAGCGAGCAAAUGCGGCGGAAGAGGCGCUCGAAUCAGCGGAAGAACGCGUCGAAAAGUAUCGCAGCACAGUUGAAGCAUCCAACCAAGAACUGAGCGAGUUACGGGAAAAGGAAAUGCACACUCGAACUGAAGUGAUGCAAUCGUCGUCGACCACAGAACAGCUUCGAGGACAAUUAGAAGACUUCAAGUUACAGCUUUCAACUAAGGAUGCAGAACUCGUCGAUCUUCGCUUCAAAAAUGAGCAAUCGGAGAAGAAACUGGCUAGGGAGAAGUCAGCCCUGGAAGCUACUGUCAAAGAGAAGCUUGACGAGUUCGGGCGUCUCACUACCGAUCACGAAAACUUGAGCAAAGAAUUCGAGCAGUAUAAAGUCCGAGUGCAUUCUGUCCUAAAACAGCAGCGACAGAGUUCCUCUGACCCCGCACAAUUAGAGCAAGCCAAACAAGCGCUCAUUGCGGCGCACGAUCAAAUCAAGCGACUAAAUGCGCAGCGGGAAGAGAGUCAGUCGCAAUCGGAAGUCGUCCGGUUAGAAGUAGAUAAAUGGCGUCACCAAGCUGAAAGCACCGCAUCGCAACUCAAGGACCUCGAAAGCAGUUUCGGCGACAAAGAAAAACUCCUCGUCGAACGGGUUAACAGAACUGAAGCUGAAGUUCUUGAAGCAAAGACGAAGACGCUCACUUUAGAAAACGAGCUUGCUAGGGCUCAGGAGGAGCACAAGAAGGCGAUCGAAGAUGCUCAGCAAAAAGAAAGAAACGAGUACGGAUUAAAGUUAUCGCUGGCAGAGCGACGCGCGGCCCAAGCGGAAUCAGAGCUCUUUAAACUACGUCAGUCGAGUAAGGCACAGGAAGAGAGCGAUCUCGAGAACCGACGCAACUCACAACAAGUAGAUAGGAGUCCCAAAAUUGACCCGCUGCGGACAGAACGAUCGGAUCCUAUUGGCGCGGAACGGGACGAUGAUCGGUCGGACGUUAUGUCUCUAGAGCAAAUCAUCCAGUCUCCGUAUUCCAUGUCCCAGCGAUCCGAGUCCGUGCGCCACCGCGAAUCCUCCAAGCAGGAAGAUCAAAUCAAAAAGCUCAUCCUCAAAGUGGAACAUGCGAACUCGCUGCUUGCUGAAUCAGAAGCUACAAAUUCUCGUCUCGAAGACCAGACGAGCAUCCUGAAAACGGAAAUCCGGCGUCUCGAGAAGAACCAAGAACGCGAGAGCAACAUCCACAACUUGGAGUAUUUGAAGAACAUCAUACUUAAGUUCAUGACAAUUGCGCCCGGCUCUGAAAGGACUGGCCUGAUACCCGUGCUAGAUACGAUGCUUCAACUCGAACCAAAAGAGAAGGAAAAGCUGAUUGAGUUGGCUGGCCUAGAAGUUGAAUCUAGUCAAGCUGGCUGGGGCUCAUACCUGCCGCGAUGGGGAGGGCUUUAA